AUGCCGAAUUCCAAUUUGGUUCUGCAAGCCGAUCGUUCGCUGAUCACAAAGAUUGGCCGCGAUGAGGCAACGGGAGAAGUCAUGUCUCUCAGAGGCAAACUGACUGGUAUGAAAAUGGGGGAUAUGGCAAAGAGAGACAAGGCACCGUCUCAGGCCGAUAGAGAUGCAAAGCGCGAGAAAAAGGCCCAACCCAAAAAACCGGAGAAACUCAAAAGCACGCGGUUAUUGGACAAGGACGACUUUGUGGGACUCACGUACCGACCCAAAACCAGAGACACCAUGGCCACGUACGAACUUAUGCUGACCAUCAUAUCCAAUCAAUUGGGAGACCAGCCCCGAGAUGUCAUCUGUGGUGCAGCUGACGAGGUUCUCAUUGCCUUGAAGGAGGAGGGUAGCAAGGACACAGAGAAGAAGAAAGAAUCCGAGUCGAUGCUGGGGCCCAUCAGUGACUCCACGUUUCAUCAACUCAUCACACUUUGCAAAAAGAUCACAGACUUUACGGCCGACGACAACGAGGAUGCCGGGGCUGGCAUUGAUGAUGAGGUGGGUGUUGCCGUCGACUUUGGCGAUUCCGAAGAGUCUGAUGACGACGACGUGAACGAGAUCAAAGAAGACGAAUCAGCCAGUGAAAAUGAAGGAGAAGAGGCUGCGGUUGGUGAUGAGCUCCAGAACGCCGACGACGCCGCUAGAGGCGCAGAGAGCAGUGAAUGGUACAAACAACCAGACGCCGUGGAUCCCAGAGACAUCGAUGCAUACUGGCUGCAAAGACAGCUGGCAAGAUUCUACGAUGAUGCUAUUACUUCACAGAAGAUGUCUAAGGAUGUGCUUGAUAUCCUGGAGAAUGGAGCGGAUGAGCGUGACGUCGAGAAUAAACUCGUGCUGCUGUUGGGUUACGACAAGUUCGAAUUUGUGAAGCUAGUCAGGAAAAACAGAUUGUCUGUACUAUACUGUCUCAAACGCGCCAGUGCCGAGACGGAAGAGGACAAGGUGGUGAUUGAGAAAACCAUGCGGUCUAUGCCAGAACUAUCGCAAGUGGUGGACCUGCUACUGGGAGAUGCAGUGGGUAGCCAGCAGUUACAGAAGGGCCGCACCCGUCGCAAUGCUCGUUUGGAUGCGGAGUUGGAGGAGAUGGACGUUGAUUCUGGAAACAGCAAUGCGCUUUCGGGAGCGCAUAACAUUGACAUUCAGGACCUUGUUUUGGAUCAGGGUGGUCACUUUAUGGCCAACAAAAAGGUUGAAUUACCCGAAGGGUCUGUGAAGAAGACUCGCAAAGGGUACGAAGAGAUACACAUCCCGGCCGCCCAGGCCAAGCCAUACGCUACCAACGAGAAGCUUAUUAACAUCAAAGACAUGCCAGAGUACACACACGCCGCGUUCGGCCACUUCAAGACGCUCAACAGAAUACAAAGCAGGCUGUACAACGCAUGCAUACACUCCGACGAGAAUGUGCUGCUGUGUGCGCCAACGGGAGCUGGAAAGACGAACGUAGCCAUGAUGACGGUGCUCAGAGAAAUUGGCAAACAUCAGCUGCCCGAUGGCACAUACAACCUGGACGCGUUCAAGGUGGUGUACAUAGCUCCCAUGAAGUCGCUGGUGUCUGAGAUGGUCGGUAACUUCACCAAGCGACUGAAGGCGUACGGCGUGACUGUAGGCGAGCUCACGGGUGACUCGCAGAUGAGCAAGGAACAGAUAGCCGCAACGCAGGUGAUUGUUUGCACACCCGAGAAGUGGGAUAUCGUCACGCGCAAAGGUGGCGACAGGAGUGUGGCGUCGCUGGUACGGUUGGUGAUCAUAGACGAGAUACAUCUGCUGCACGACACCCGCGGGGCUGUGUUGGAGUGUAUUGUGGCACGCACACUGCGCACGAUUGAGGCGACGCAGCAGUUCACGCGCCUGGUGGGCCUGUCGGCCACCCUGCCCAAUUACGAGGAUGUGGCGACGUUCCUGCGAGUGGACCCGGCAAAGGGCCUGUUCUACUUCGACAACAGCUUCCGUCCGGUUCCGCUAAACCAGCAGUACAUUGGCAUCACUGAGAAGAAAGCGCUCAAGCGAUUCCAGGUUGCCAACGAAAUCUGUUAUACCAAAGUCAUGGAGUACGCCGGCAAGGAACAGAUCCUGAUCUUCGUCCACUCUCGAAAGGAAACCGGAAAUACUGCCCGGGCUGUACGAGACAUGUGUUUGUCCGAAGACACGAUUUCGAAGUUCUUGCGCGAGGAUAGUGCGUCGCACGAGAUUUUAAGAUCAGAAACCGAAAACACAAAGAAUAUGGAGUUGAAGGAUCUGCUACCAUACGGAUUUGCCAUCCAUCACGCAGGUAUGUCCCGAGUGGACCGCACACUCGUCGAAGAUCUCUUCGCGGACAAGCACAUCCAGGUGCUCGUAUCCACCUCCACCCUGGCGUGGGGUGUCAAUUUGCCCGCACACACUGUGAUCAUCAAGGGUACGCAGGUAUACUCUCCUGAGGAGGGUCGAUGGGUAGAGUUGUCGUUCUUGGAUGUGCUGCAGAUGUUUGGGCGUGCGGGUAGACCCCAGUUCGAUAGUGUGGGAGAGGCGAUUAUGAUCACAUCCCACCAGGAGCUGUACUUCUACCUGAGUCUGCUGAAUCAGCAAUUGCCCGUCGAAUCGCAAUUGAUUGGCCAUCUGGCAGAUGCGCUUAAUGCAGAGGUUGUAUUGGAUAGUAUCCAGAACGCCCGGGAAGCCACCACCUGGCUGGGAUACACAUAUCUGUAUGUGCGCAUGCUACGCUCGCCCCAGGUGUACGGACUGUCGGUCGACGAGGUUGAGGCAGAUCCCACUCUGCAAGGAAGGAGAGCCGAUCUUAUCCACACGGCAGCUACGUUGUUGCAGAAGGAUGGGCUAAUGAAAUACGAUCGCAAGAGUGGACAGAUGCAGGCCACCGAUUUGGGCCGGGUAGCGUCGCACUACUACAUCACGCACUCGUCCAUGGCCACAUACAACCAGCUGCUCAAGCCUAACCUCAGUGACAUUGAGCUGUUCCGUGUGUUUGCGCUGUCGGCGGAGUUUAAGAACAUCUCCGUGCGCGAAGAAGAGAAGCUCGAGCUCAGCAAACUGCUGGAGCGAGUGCCCAUCCCGGUCAAGGAGAGCAUUGAGGAACCCAGUGCAAAGGUGAAUGUGCUUCUGCAAGCCUUCAUCUCACAGCUGUCGCUGGAUGGAUUUGCCCUGGUCAGUGACAUGGUCUACAUCACCCAGAGCGCCGGUCGGCUGUUCCGUGCACUGUACGAGAUCAUUCUGCGCAAGAACUGGGCUGGUUUGGCAGAGAAGGCGCUUGCCCUGUGUAAGAUGGUCGACAAGCGCAUGUGGCAGACCAUGACCCCUCUGCGACAGUUUGCGAAGAUCCCAUUAGACGUUAUAAAGCGCAUUGAGCAGAAGGAUCUGGAAUGGGACCGAUUCUUAGAUUUGAGUCACCUGGAAUUAGGAGAGCUGAUCCGAAUUCCCAAACUGGGUAAAACAAUUCACAAAUACGUGCACUGUCUGCCAAAGGUCGAGUUAACGGCCCACGUACAGCCCAUCACCCACAGCUCUCUCAGGGUGGAGCUGACCAUCACACCCGAUUUCAUUUGGGAUGACAAGAUACACGGAACAAGCGAGAGCUUCUGGAUCUGGGUAACGGAUACCGAUGGCGAGCACAUCCUGCACCAAGAAGCCUUCCUGCUGAAGCAGCGCUACGCCCAAGACGACCACGUGGUGUCGUUCUUUGUGCCUGUGUUCGAUCCGCUGGCCCCGCAGUAUUUCAUACAUGUGGUGUCCGACAGAUGGCUUGGUACUACCAGUAUCCUUCCGGUAUCCUUCCGUUCACUCAUCCUGCCUGAACGCACACCCCCAAGCACCGAACUUCUGGAUCUGCAGGCGCUGCCCGUGUCGGCGUUGAGGGACAAGUCCUUUAUUGCCCAGUACAAGUUCCAGUAUUUCAACCCCAUCCAGACGCAGUUGUUCAACAUCCUGUUCAACACAGACGACAACGUCCUUCUGGGUGCGCCGCACGGCAGUGGUAAAACCGUAUGCGCCGAGUUUGCGCUCUUCCGUAUGAUUAUGAACAAUCCCACGGGUAGGUGUGUGUAUAUCGCACCCAUUGAGGACCUAGCACAGGCCCGGUACAACGAUUGGCACAAGCGCUUUGGGCAGGAUGGUCUGGGUCUGGAGGUGGCGUUGCUGACCGGCGAGACGUCUACGGAUGUCAAGCUUUUAGGUAAAAGCAAUGUAAUCAUCGCCACAGCCGAGCACUGGGACAUGAUCUCACGCCGUUGGAAGUCGCGUAAGAAUGUGCAGACGGUGUGUUUGUUCAUCAUCGAGGGCUUGCACAUGAUGGGUGGCAACGAAGGACCUGUUCUUGAAGUGAUCUGCUCCCGUAUGCGAUACAUGAGCACGCAAACGAGCAAUGCUCUGAGGAUUGUGGUUUUGUCGGCUAGUUUGGGUCCGGGUAAGGACAUUGCUUCGUGGCUGGGUGUAUCCACCGGCGGUUACUUCAACUUCCACCCCCGUGUGCGCCCAACACCACUCGAACUGCAUGUGCAAGGAUUCAACAUCGCUCACACACAGUCACGUCUCAGUGCCAUGGCCAAGCCCGUCUAUCAGAACAUCAUGCGCUACGCAGCGAGAGAUGCGGCAAUUGUAUUCACCCCCACGAGAAAGACCGCGCAAAUCACAGCCCUGGAUCUGCUGACCUUCAGCUCUGGCGACGGGAGACCGUCCCAGUUCCUGAAGAUCGCCGAAGAGGAACUAGAAGAGUAUCUCAAACCUGUACGUGAUAAGUCACUCAGAGAGUGUCUCACGCACGGAGUUGCUUUCUAUCACGAAGGCCUGUCAAAGGCUGAGAGAAAGGCCGUAGAGGAUCUGUUUAAGGCGGGGGCCAUACAAGUGAUAGUGUGCACACGCGAUGUGUGCUACAGUCUCAACUGUAUAGCCAGUCUGGUCAUUGUGAUGGACACGCAGACCUAUGAUGGCAAAACGCACCAGUACGUCAACUACCCGACCUCGGACGUGCUACAGAUGGCCGGCCUCGCCAACACCUCUGUCAACGAACGCGCAUCCGACCCGUCCGCUCAGGCCAAUGCCAUUUGUCGCUGUGUGGUGCUGUGUCAGAACAGCAAGAAAGAGAUCUACAAGAAGUUCAUGUACGAGCCACUGCCGGUGGAGUCGCAUCUGGACCAUCGCCUGCACGAUCACAUGUGUGCCGAGGUGGUGACCAAGACGGUUGAGAACAAGCAGGAUGCGGUUGACUACUUGACGUGGACGUACUUCUACCGACGCAUCACGCACAAUGCGAACUACUAUAAUUUGAUAGGCACAUCGCACAGACAUGUGUCCGAUCACCUGUCAGAAUUGAUUGAGAAUACGCUCACGGAUUUGGAACAGUCGCGCUGCAUAGCCAUUGAAGACGACAUGGACGUUGCACCGCUCAACCUGGGCAUGAUUGCCUCGUACUACUACAUGGACUACACAACUAUCGAGCUGUUCUCUAUGUCGCUGACACAAAAGACCAAGCUGAAGGGUCUGAUCGAGAUUCUUUCAAAUGCUUCGGAAUUCAACACAGUCAAUGUUCGGUACAGAGAAGAGCGGGUUCUGAAGGCGCUCGCCGACAGGAUGCCUAUCAAACUCCCAGACGCUCAGUACAACGAUCCCCACGCCAAGGCACACGUGCUGUUGCAGGCGCACUUCUCGCGCACGCAGCUGUCCGCAGAGUUACAGUCCGACCUUAACACCAUGCUGGUGACGAGUGUGAGUCUGUUGCAUGCCUGUGUGGAUGUGCUCAGUUCACAAGGUUGGCUCAAACCCGCCCUCGCUACCAUGGAGUUGUGUCAGAUGAUUGUACAGGCCAUGUGGAACAAGGACAAUACACUCAAGCAGAUACCGCACUUUACGCCCGAGCUCAUCAAGAAGUGCGAAGAGAAGGAAAUUGAGUCACCAUUCGAUGUGUUGGAGAUGGAAGAUAAAGACCGAAAUGCUAUCUUGAACUUCAACAAUAAAGAGAUGGCUGCCGUGGCCACGUUCUGCAACAGAUACCCGGCAAUUGACGUCAACUACGAAGUGGUAUCGCCCAAAGAAAUCACAGCUGGAAAAUCCGUAACAAUGAACGUCACGCUGGAGCGAGAGGAAGACGGAGAUAAUACUAUUUCACCUGUUGUGGCGCCUUUCUAUCCUAAAGCGAAAGCUGAGAACUGGUGGCUGGUUGUGGGGGAUAUGGAAAAGAACACGCUAUUAUCCAUCAAGCGUGUAGCUCUGAACAUGAAGGCCAGUUCAAAGUUAGACUUCGUGGCGCCUGUGCAAGGUGCACACAAUGUAACACUGUUCCUAAUGUGUGACUCGUACAUGGGAUGCGAUCAAGAGUAUGAGUUUGUGCUGGAUGUCGGAGAAGAGGUGACCGAUAGCGAAGAAUCGGAUGACGAUAUGAUCGAGUAGUAUUAAAAGGGAGUUAAAAAUUAGAGAUUAUGAAUAAAGGUAUAUUGUCAUUUG